CCUCCCGUGGGUAGAGUCCACUAAAACUUCUCAACGUGACUGCUUAUGUACACGGGACUGUCAGGAACACCUUUCAUUCCUCUGACUCGGUGAGCUGUGCGUAAUUUGGAGACGAAACUCUUGAAGACUUUUUGAGACAUUGACGCUGAUGGGACAUGGCCAUGGCCUCUACAUCAGCAUCAGCAGCAGGACCGGCUUCGGUGUCCGACUCGGAGCUCUCGCGCCUGGGAGGCAUUGAGGCCUUGAGGCUGAAGGUGGGGCCGGUGAGGAGGAACCUCUUCGGGCCCGUGGACCACCACCAGCUGCAGAAGGACUUCCAGCGGCUGCUCUGCAUGAGCGUGGAGGUGGCCAACAAGCGCUGGAACUUUGACUUCCAGAGCGACGUGCCGGGGAAGGGCUCCAACGUGGAGUGGGAGGCGCUCCGGUGCCAGGACGUGCCGGCGUUUUACCGCAGCUGCAUGGUGCAGCCGGCGGCGAGGCCUGCAGCCCAGACGACGAAGGGCAAGAGGCGGGCGUCUUCCUCAUCCAGCGAGGGUUCUCCCAGGUCCGGCAGCUCGUCUGGGUCUGGGGACGAGUACCUGGAGGUGACCACAAGGGGGUGCUACCGGAUCCAACGGGCGGGAAAACGCAAACAGGCGGCCAUCACAGAUUUCUUCAAGGUGAAGAAGAGGAGGCUGCUGCAUUACAAAGUAUCGUCUCGGCAGUAAAAAACGAAAAGAAAAGCACAACAAGACCCGGUGGACGAUCACCAAGUGGUCUCCAUCCCCUCCACACCUCAACUACAUCCUUUGUACAUAUGUAGCAAAUUUGUAAGUGACUGUCCACAAGCUCAAAUGGGCUUCAAAACUUCUGACACCACAGACCUUUCACUUUCAGCACAAGGAAGCUACCAUUCUCGUAGUUAACACACGGCUCGGACUUCAGAAACGGUUUUUGUGGAUAGCUAUAUAAAUAUUAUAUGUAGUGUACAUUCUCUAUACUGUUUCGCUCAGCUUUUCGACUAUACUGUGAAAUCAUUUUUGAAUGCACUCUUUCAGGACAUGACAGAAAAUGAGUCGGAAGAGGUUAAUUCUCCUCGAACAGUAUUUGACCCCCGGCCCUUGACCUUUGUUCUCCCGUCAUAAGAGGUUUCGAUUAGACCCAGUUGCUAUUCCUGGAACCACGCCUUUGAGCUCUGACAGCUCGAGUUGAACCAGGGGUCGAAACCUCGCCUCGGGGUUCAAAAUUCGCGAUUACCUCCAGGUGAAAGGUCAGCGGUGGAGUUUUCGGCUCGCGGCCCGUACCUGUACGAUAAAUUCUGAGCAAUAAUAAUAAUGAUAAUGUUUGAUAUGUGACUAUUUAUUUAUUCUUCACGAUGCUAGGUCAUUGUAAAAAAUAAAAAAAGAGUAAAACGAGGUGUUUGUAGAAUGCCAUCGCCCCCAAAUUAUGCCUCAUGGCUCAUUGACACUCCACCGUUGCCACCCUAAAAAAACAAACGGCCAUUUUACACCAUCACAACUUAGCAAAAAAAAAAACACAAACAACAAACUAUAGUCUCUUUUUGCUUUGUAUUAUUUGCAUAAUGGGGUUGUAAAAAAAAAUCUUGGCAUCAAACCGAAACAUAUCAGGUGGUAUGUUUUCGUGGGCUUUUAAUAAUGUAGCAUUUUUUUUCUCCACUCUUUGUCUUCAUGUGACGUCCACCUUGUAGGUUUUUUUUUUGUAUUUACGCCUCUUUUCUCCAUGAAGGGAAUGUAGUGUUUUAUCACUGUGUUGCAGCUCAGAGGAACCUCAACUUUUUUUUUGGUUUCUGCUUUUGAUCUUUUUUUUUUUUUUAUAUGAAGAGUCGUAGCUGUGUCACAUUUUUCUGUCGCUGUGCAGUUUUAUAAGUGUUCGCAUUCUUUAUAUACGUGUUUGUUUGUUUGUGUGAGUGUUGUUAUGGCAGCUGAGGCAGUUGAACCAAAGGAAUUGUUGUGCCAUUAAAUUAGAAACACUUCUUUUUUUCUUUAUCAGUUACGGGUCACAGAAAGUGGACAGCCGGUCAAGAUCGUCACAUUUAAACACGAAAGUCAAUUUUUCUUAAUUGCUAAGUGCCCAGAGGUGUCACCAAUAACGGACAAAUGGUGACUCUACACACACUUUUAAUUUGCCUGCAGUUCAACCUAGUUUGGCCAAAAAGUCCCUAAAUUUUUGUUAUGUGACUGUUGGUGACAACCGAGUUGCUCGUGUCUUUCCGAUUGUGAUGACGAGCACAAAUUUUUUUGUAUUUUACAGAAUAAAUUUAAUAUAAAUGGCGAUUUUUUGGUGAAUAUUUCAAUUAAACCUUUAGAAUAAAUUGAUUUUCACUAUUUUUUUAAGCUUAGAUUUGGAGAAGUUUCCUGAUGAGUAGUUCAAGGACCAUCAAAAAGCUUGAAAAUCCAAUGAUACAUGUUCCAUUUUUAGCAAUUUUCCCUUUUAAAGACAAAUCUACCAGCAGGAUCUGGAGUUUAGAAGGUUAAAAUGUCAAUAAAAGACAAGGCUGCUCACUUCAUGUGAUCCACAACUACACUACUUUCUAACUUUUUCUUUCCCUCGCGACAGUAAUUCAGAUUUUUUUCUAUAUGGACAAAAAGCCAUAACCUGGAUUAAUCUGCUCUUUACUACCUCAUCAAGUGAUUCAGUAACAGAAAAAACAAUCAAAGUAGCUCAGGUUUGUUUACGGGGCACGAAAGAGGGACCGAGAGACGACAGAGGGGAGGAGGGGGUUAAAGCUUAUUAUUGUGUUGUGGUAAAAGCUGUUGAGGUUCAGCGCUUCGUGUCGAGUUUCACAUCAGGUAAAAGAGUCAGUGUGUCAGAGCUCGACGCAGAGGAAACUCUGGUCCCUGGAGGGGAGGAGGGAGGGGAGGCAGCCAGCUUUUGUUGUCGCUCUCAGCUUUGACAGGAGGGACAGGGGGUUGGGGGGUGGACGACGGGGGAAAAAAGGGACAAUCUUUAACAGAGAACCUUCACGAGAAAAACGUCUGAGACCCUUCCUCGAUCAAAGGGUUUCCUCCGGCCAGACGAGCGGCCCGCGAUUCAGACAUGCUUUUGUUUGGCCCCCUUAAAAGUCUCUCAGUCUCUCUUUUGUGAACCAGCUGCCUCGGUCUGUGCGGAAAAAAAAAAACUAAAAAAAAUCAGCAUGAAAGCAGUUGUUUGUUAUCAUGUUGUACUUUUUUUUUUUUUCUCUUCCUGCACACGGCGAUAUUUGACAGCUUCAAACAUAACCGACAUUGUUUUAUGCGUCAGGACUGUUUGUUCGUCAGCUUAUAUAUGUGUGUGUGUGUGUGUGUGUGUGUGUGUGUGUGUCAGUGUUUGUGUGCAUCUAUUCUCUCCAGACGAAACUUUAAAAGUCUAUAUUAACUUAUUUGCAGUUCUUGUCUUUUGUUUUUGUGGGGAAAUAAUUUCAAAUUCCCCGUUUUUUUUUUGCUACAACUAACUAAUUUUUAUUUUUUUUCUGAAACCAUAUCUUUGCACUACUUUAAACGUGGUCGACAAAAGAACUAUUUUUUUAUGGUAAUCUCUAAAAGAACAAAAAAAAAAUCCUCAACAGAGACACAGAUGAGGGAUUUAUUGACAAUUAAACCUCCUCUUUGACACUGUUGGACAGUUUUUUCCCAUCGGCUCUAAUUUUUUUUUUUCUUCUUUUGAACCUUUUUGAAGCCGGACUCGUCCACUGAGAGGAAAAAUAAAAAUAAAAUCUCACUGUGCUCAAGCAAACUCUGCUUUUCCUAAUUCACCUGUCGCAGCUAUAUCAAAGUGUAGAGUUUUUUUUUCUUUGUAUAUGCAUGAAUGUAAGAUAACAUUUGUAUACCAUGUGUAAUAAUUUUAUUGUAAUUUAAUACUGGUAUAUGCAUCCUUGCAACAUGUAAGAAGUGUAAUUGUAUGAGAUCAGAAUCAUAUCCGUUUUUUUUUUUGAUAGGAAUAUAUGUAUAGAAAAUGUUAAGAGAUUCCAUUGCUGGGUUGUUGGUGCACUGUUGCCUUCAUAAUGUCAUAUAGUGUGCGCAAAUUAAUAAAAUGUUAUAUUGAUAUAAGCUGCAAA